AAGAAUGGUUGGGCGGUGCUGGCACAUGGGUCCCCACCCCAUAUACCCACAUUCAAUGCUGUCCCUUCUCCCUUCACAUUCACCUUAACCUUCUGAAUCAUCCUUUUUCCCUCUUAUUCUUCAUCGUUUUACUCCCCCAUCAAUAUUCAACUUCAAACCCAAUGUUGUAACUUCUCUUCUCUUCUCUUCUCUUCUUUUCUCUUCUCUCUUCACUUAUUUUCCCUCACUCUACUAAUGGACGCCUCCGCCGCUACUUCUCCGCCGUCCCGUGUUCUCCUCAUCUCCGCCGGUGCCAGCCACUCCGUUGCGCUUCUCUCUGGAAAUGUUGUGUGCUCGUGGGGUCGCGGAGAGGAUGGGCAAUUAGGUCACGGUGAUACCGAUGAUAGGCUCUUACCUACGCAGCUCAGUGCAUUGGAUGCUCAACAUAUCGAUUCCAUCGCUUGUGGGGCUGAUCAUACACUUGCAUAUUCGGAGUCGCGCAAUGAACUCUAUAGUUGGGGAUGGGGUGAUUUUGGAAGGUUGGGUCAUGGUAAUUCUAGUGAUUUGCUCAUUCCUCAGCCUAUUAUAGCAUUACAAGGUCUAAGGAUAAAGCAAAUUGCCUGUGGGGAUACCCACUGUUUAUCAGUUACCAUGGAAGGCGAGGUUCAGAGUUGGGGGAGGAAUCAAAAUGGUCAACUUGGACUUGGCACCACAGAGGAUUCUCUAGUGCCACAAAAGGUUCAAACAUUUCAGGGAAUACCUAUCAAAAUGGUAGCUGCAGGUGCAGAACACAGUGUAGCUAUUACUGAAAAUGGAGAACUGUAUGGAUGGGGUUGGGGCCGAUAUGGAAAUUUGGGGUUGGGAGAUAGAAAUGAUCGUUGGAUUCCUGAGAAAGUUUCUUCUGUUGAUUGUGACAAGAUGGUCAUGGUUGCUUGUGGUUGGCGGCAUACAAUUUCUGUUUCAUCUUCUGGUGGCUUAUACACAUAUGGAUGGAGCAAAUAUGGCCAACUAGGACAUGGAAAUUUUGAGGAUUCUCUUGUGCCUCGCAAGCUUCAAGCCUUGAGUGAUAAGUUAAUUUGUGAGGUAUCAGGUGGAUGGAGGCAUAGUAUGGCACUCACAUCUAGUGGGCUACUAUAUGGAUGGGGUUGGAAUAAGUUUGGACAGGUUGGAGUUGGUGACAAUGUUGAUCGCUUCUCUCCUGUGCAAGUGAAGUUCCCCCAUGAUCAGAAAGUAGUUCAGAUCUCAUGUGGGUGGAGACACACAAUUGCUGUAACUGAAAAAGAAAAUGUAUAUUCUUGGGGAAGAGGCACAAAUGGGCAACUUGGGCAUGGGGAUACUAUUGACCGGAAUACUCCAAAGAUUAUCGAGGCAUUGAGUGUCGAUGGAUCUUCUGGGCAGCACAUAGAAUCCUCAAACACUGAAUUAGUGUCAGGGAAAAGUGGUACCUCCUUAUCCGAGAGAUAUGCAGUGGUUCCGGAUGAAACCGUCUCAGGACAAACUACUAGUUCAAGCAGUGGAGAUAGGCUUGAUAUUAGUGUCCCUGAAAGUGAUGUCAAACGUAUCCGAGUUUGAUAUGCCAAAUUUCCUUUAGAUGAGACUGUUGCAUUCUAUUCAUAUCUCUGCCUCAUCAGUUCAUUGGAAGCUACUCAAAUGCCGCUGGUAUUUUGGGGCUUUCAACAUAGUAAUUGUAAAUUGUAGUUAUAUGAUAAAUAUCAGCGACACAUUCUUUAGUACACUUUUAACAUAAUAGGUAUCAUAAAAAGUAUAUUAAAAAAAUGUGUUGCUAGGAUUCCCGGUAGUGAAAGAGAUAUUAUGAGAAACAUUGCAUAUGAUCUCCCUAUUUUAUGUAUUAUCAAUCAACAUGGAUACAUUUAGCAUAUCCCAUUUUUAUAUUUUUAUUUCAAGCUGAUUUAU